AUGGCAUUGACAAUAUUUUUAUUUAACGUUUCUAAACUUGAUGAUCCGACUUCUAAAAUGGAUAUUAUUGAUGAAAAUGAUGAUCAAUCAACAUUUGAUAAACCAGCAGUAAAAUUUAUUCCUGAAGAAAAUAUUCCAUUACUUUGUGCUAAAGUAACAUUUCGAGGUAUACAUCUUUGGUCGACCAAUGUACGAAUUCGAAAUCACACAGCAAGUUUUAUUGCACGUGGAAACAAACCAAAGAAGUUUACUUUCAAUGUAGCAACAAUGCUAGUGCCUGAUGAUAGAUUAAAAAUCGAAUUUUUUACAUUAAAUUCGAGAAAAAAACGAAAAAGACUAAUUGCAAUUUUUGAAAUAAUGCUCGAAUGUUUAAUCGAUACAAAAUAUAUUGAUUUACGAGAAGAAAAUUUAUGUGAUACAAAUAAUCAUUUAAUAGAAGCAACUGUACAACUUAGACUUUACUACACACCACCAGAUAUUGAUCAACAAAUGGCUGGUUUAGGCUACGGAGAUAAUAAUAUGCUAGUCGAUUGGAAAAGUAUGUUCGAUGAUGAAGGACGACAUGGUGGCCAUCGCUAUAGACAUUUACGUUCAAAACAUGAUAGUCAAUUUAAAAAGAUUCGUUCGAAACUUAUCGGUCGUACAGAUGAUGCUGAUACAGAUUCAUGCAGUGAUUCGGAAUUUGACGAACAGCAAAACGUUGAUAGUAAUGACAAAGCUUUAAAAGAAAACAUUCAGAAACAGAUGGAACGCAAUAAUGUAGAAUUAAUAGAAAAAAGUUUGGGUCGAUAUAUGGGUGAUCCAUAUGAAAUGACUGAAUGGCAAGUGAUGGUUCAUAUUGUACAGGCACGAGAUCUUCCAGGUCUUAAUAUUAAUCCAUAUGUUGUCGUUCAAAUUGAUAAUCAAAAAUAUCAAACAAGUACACAGAAAUCUUCUAAUUCACCUUAUUUCGGUGAAUUCUUUACAUUUGAUUUCACAUUACCAGCUACCAAAUUUAUGGAAAAAGUUAUUUUUAUUAAAGUUCAUGAUGAAAUUAGAAUAAUCAGUAAAUUUACAGAUACAGCACCCAUAGGAGUUUUUCGAUUAGAUGUAGCAACAGUUUACAAUGAAAAAGAACAUGCAUUUGAGCGCAAAUGGGCUCAAUUAGUAAAUCCAGCAAAUGUUGGAGCACAUUGUGGCCAUUUACUUGUUUCAUUAUCUGUUACACAAUGUGGUGUACCAACGAAAAAUGUUGUUAGUGAAACAGGACAAGAAGAUGAUGAAUUUAACCCAUUAAAAACUUUAAUACCUGCAGCUAUGCCUCGAAUACUUUUUCCUAUGCAAUUAAAAAUAAUUUUCUAUAGUGCAAGUGAGCUACCUGAAAUGAUGACUGAUUUUUUAGCAACUGUUUCAAAGAAAAUUAUGCAAUCGGACAAUUGGGAACCGAUUGAUUCUUAUGUUGAAGUUUCAUAUAAUACAAUGACAGCAAAAACAGAAGAUCGUAAUGGUACAACACCAGUUUGGGGCGAAGCACUUUAUCUUGUUGGACGUUUUCCACCACUCAUAAGAACAAUGAAAGUAACUCUUAAAGAUCGUGCAGCUAUGCAAUCAGAUCGUGUGAUUUCAUCAUUUUUUAUCGAUAUUUUACUCAUCAGUGAAAGUAAUCCAGCCAUCGGUUUUUUACCGACAUUAGGUCCAACAUGGAUUUUUUUAUAUGGAAGUGCACGAGAAUAUCCAAUCAGUAAAGAACAGGUUAAUCUCAGUGAAGGAAUGGGUGAAUCUAUUUGUUAUAAAGGACGAAUACUUAUGGCUAUUGAAUCUCAUCCUGUCAAUGAAGAAAAUGCAGCAAACAUGAACGUACAAAAGGAAACUGGUAUAGCAUUUCCUGAAGCACAUAUAUUUCCAAUGAAACGUACAUUUCUUUUAUUUGGCUGUAUUUAUGAUGUUAGUAUGAUUGAUGAAUCAUUUGGUAAUUCAACAAUCUGCUUUGAAUUAAGUAUUGGUCCAAGUGGAUAUUUAAGUCCAAAUGAAUUAGCUACGGCAUAUCAUAAACCUGUGUCAUCAUUGACACGACUGUAUCCACGUAUACCUAUUGAUAAUAAUAAAAAUCAUUUUCGUUUACCGAUUGAUUUACAAAAACCAAUAUUAUUUACAAAAUAUAUAUUUCAUGAUUAUAUCUAUCGUAUGGCACUAUCAAAUCGUCUAAAACAUAUAUCAGAAUAUCUGUAUGAAAAAAUCAGUGCUUUGAAGAUGAAAAUCAAUUCGAAAGUACCAAAUGAAAUUCUCAUGGAAGAAUAUCGGAAAAUUGAAAACUAUGUUCAUACAUUACCGUGUGGAUGUGGCGAACAAAAAGAGGAUGCUGAUGCAUUGCUUUAUACGCCUGCUGUUCAUCCAAAUUUAUCGGAAUUACUAAAUUGUGGUUCGACAGCGAAUACUAAAAUGAACGAUAUGGAUCAUAAACGGCAUAAAAAAAUUCUGUAUUAUCUUGAUGUCAUAAAAAGUUGGAUUUCUAGAGCAGCCGAUUUUGAUGAUUCAAAACGAUAUGAAACUAUUAAAGAAUUGUAUAAAAUAGCUGAUGUAUUUCGUAAAAUGGCUAUUGAUGCACAACCAGCUUUGCCCGAUAUAUUUUUAUGGAUGAUUUGUGAUUCACAACGAGUAGCUUAUGCACGUUUUCAACCUGAAGAUCUAUUUUUUAAUAUAUGCCAAGGCGACAAAGGUUUACAUAGUGGUCGUGUACAAACUAUUUUUCUCAAAACACCACGUUCAACAUAUCAACGAUUUAAUUCAUCAACAAAUGCGAAAGUACAAUUGUAUCUUUGGCUUGGAAUUGAAGAAUACGAACCGUGUAUAUUUAAAAACUUACCUACCGGUUUCGAUAUGCCAACAUUACCAUUGCAACCGGAAUUGAAAACUAUAAGAUAUAAUGGAGGAACAUUUUUUGAAUUGCGAUGUCACUGUUAUAAAGCAAGAGCAUUGAUUGCUGCUGAUGCAAGUGGAUUGUCUGAUCCGUUCCUAAGUGUCACCAUUGGGAAUGAGACACAAAGGACACCAGUUAUAAAGCAAUCGUUAAAUCCACAGUGGAAUAUAACAUUAGCCUUCAGAAACUUGAUACAUGUGGGCACUCGAGAAACAGCAGAGGAAAUUGUUGGCAAUGUUGUUGUCGAAUGUUAUGAUUAUGAUGAAGGUGGUGAUGGUUCCGAUUUAAUUGGACGUUUUUCCACAAUCGCUCAACUUAAUAUCUGUAAUCAACAAAAUCUGCCCAAUGAACAUUUCUUGAGAUGGUAUGAAUUCAAAAUAGGUGAUAAACAAGCUGGAGAACUGUUAGCAUUAUUUGAACUUGUUGAAAUAAAUUCAGAAACAAGACAAGCGGAAACAGCAUGUGAACUUGAAGAAAUUUUCAUAACAACAGUAAAUUAUCCUGCAUCAGAUUACAUUACUAAAGUGGUAACAAAUAAAGUUUAUAGAAUUCCAGAGAGUCUCAUGCCAAAAUCAAAAGAUUAUGAAAUUGAGGUCAUGUUUUGGGGUUUACGUGAAUUUCGUACACUUAAUGCUCUAGAUUAUCUACGCAUUGUUCAACAAAAUGAAGUAACAAUUGAAUGUGCUGGUAAACGUGUAGCAAAGAUAAUAAAAAAUGCACAAAAAAAUCCAAAUUUUGAAUCAUCACCUCUAGAAACAGAAAAAUAUAGACUUUGCAUUUCUUUACCAGAUGAUGAAACGUUUUGGCCAUAUUUAAGUAUUCUUUGCGCAGAAAACAGUCUUUUUGGAAAGAAAGAAAUAAUUGGAAAUCUAGUUGUAACUAAUUUACAGAAAUAUUUUCAAAAACCUGCUGAUCAUUUAUCGAAAACUGACCAAGAUCUAGCUGAAGUUGUGAAUGAAUUAUCAAAAAGAAUACCAUCUCUAACUGAUGGAUUACAUAUUGUAGCUGUUGUAGCGGAUCAGAGCGCUGAUUUACGGAACAAAAAGUUACUUGAGUUUGAAAACAAAGUAGGUCAAGAUACUAAAACGCCAAUUAUCAUGACUGACAUAUUCGAAAAAGAAGGCGAUGAUAAAUUUGAUGAACAAUCAAAUGGAGAAAGGACUGAUUUAAAAGAAGAUAAUUUAGAACAAAAAUCAGCUGAUGGCGGAGCAUAUGGAAAUGAACCUUUAACAGCCGAACAAAGAAUACGAAGAAAUAAUAUGGAGAAAGCGGCUGGAUGGUGGCAUAAGUAUUAUGCAUCGAAAGCAAGAUUGAAAUUAAAGCAACGAGCUACCUUAGAUAUGGAUGAAGUUUUGGCAAAUAGUUUUGAUGUAGAUGCAAGUGAUUUUGACGACCACACAGACUUGGUUGCCAAAAAACGUCUUAAUUUGUGGGGUAAAGUCAAAAAAAUAGUGCUAACUUCUGGAAAAGCUCAAGAAACAUUGCGGCAUAUGACCACUCAACACAUGGAACGUCUAAAAGGUUUUCAGAAACCUACAUCAGAUUUUGAAAAUAGUUUUGAGCACAUUGAAAAUGAUCGUCUCAAAGAAUUGACAUUAUUACAAACAUUUGAUGUAGUUGAAACAGAAUUAGAAAAUGUUUAUGAUUAUGAAGGUUUUACGGAUUGUAUUGAAACAUUUCCUUUAUAUAAAGGUAAAGGUUCAAAUCGAUCAGAUGAAUUUGGUGAUGAAAAACGUAUCGAAACGAAGUUUAAGGUUAUUAAUAUGUUUUUGUAAUUUUCAUUUCUCAGCCGAAUGAUUUACGGUAAUAGCAUUCUUCUCUUUGUCAGUUACUACCUUCGAUAGUAGAAAUUAUCGUAUGUCGAAUAUUUUUCUAAUAUUUGGAAAAUAUCGAACUUCAGAUGUUAGUUUAAUCCUUUACGGCCAGCUACCAGAAGAUAGGAAGAAAAAAAUUCUUCUUCUAUAUAUUCUUUGUCUCUUAGGUGUGGAAGUUACAGAAUUCCAUCUUGGAGUUUAAAGAACUGAUAUUAAGCCGAAUGUCAACAUGUUGCCUUUUGGCAACAUCCGGCCGUAAGGGUACAAAAAGUUGGAAAAAGUCAAUUAUUUUUCCUCGAUAUAAGAUCAAUAAUUUGCUGUUAGUUUCAGUCC